CUACGCAAUGCGGAAUGGAAUGGAAUCUCUGAUCGCCUGGAAAUUCUGUGUAGCAUAGCAUGUACAUACAUAUGUACAUACAUAUGUACUCGUAAACUACGAGUAGGUGCAAAAUGGUAUCCAAACUCUGUCCGGACAGCACUAAAACAAUGUAUCAAGAUCUUUACGAGUAUGCGUUGCAGAUCGUAUAUUGCACGAUAAUCCCAGACUAGACUAUAAAAAUAAAACACCUACUCGUACAGGCAAGGCAGCAUACUCGUACGGGCACACUCAUUCGUACGUUCCGAAUCCGUCCAUUGCUCGCAAAGAUUUAUGGCCGCUAAGGCUAAGCACUUUGAUAAUAUAGCCAGCGUUUUGUUUAUUUACCACUUUGUGUGUUUGGGCUAAACUGCGAGUAAUCACGGAUAUAUUUAGCGAUAGGUGUGCAGGAAAUCCUUUGGGGCGUCACUCAAGCCCUCAUAUCGUAUAUUUACAGCUCUACUGCGGUCCCAUCGUCUCCCCAAACGCCCAAUGCCAAUGGGGGCCAGGCGCAGGACACUCGGCUCGAAGCAUGUCCAAGCAAACGCCAGUGGAACGCCGGAAGGAAAAGCCAGCAUUUCAACGAUUCAAGGAUCACUGCCGCCACUUCACGGCCUUCAUGUUCAGCAAUGUGGGCAUCAUACUGCUAGUCACCUUCUACACGAUUGGCGGCGCCUUUAUAUUCCAGGCCAUCGAAAUCUUCGAAUACGAGCGACUCAGGUCGGAGAAGCCGAAUCGGUUCAUCGAGCGCAAUGUCAGCGGGGAGUGCCUCACGCGCAUCUGGGAGUUGACGGCCGAAAACAUUAGUUUCUUCGACCACAAGGCCUACAGGAAACGUGUCAAUGACGUACUUCUGGAGUACCAGCGGGCGAUUGUUAAGAAGCAACUGAAGGGACCCGAUGUGGAGCAAUGGAGCUUCUCGGGGGCCUUUCUCUAUUCGCUGACCGUCAUCACAACGAUCGAAUAUGGUAACAUAACACCCCACUCCGAGUGGGGUAAGCUGGCGACCAUUCUGUAUGCGAUAAUCGGGAUGCCUUUGUUCCUGCUCUACCUCUCAAACAUUGGCGAUGUGCUGGCCAAGUCCUUCAAGUGGAUUUACUCCAAGGUCUGCCUGUGCCGCAUAUGUCCUGGAGUGGCCAAGCGCCGGAUAAUACGGGAGAGACGAAAGAUGCGACAUUCUGCGCGGGCGCUCCAAAUGCACCACAUGGAGAGUGGCGGCGGAAGCAGUAGCUACUCCAGCAGCAGCUCUACCACCAACAGCAACAGCAGCAGUAGCACCGACUACACGAAGAGCUCUUAUCACAGCUCCAGCAUCGUGGAUGUGGCGUACAGCGGAUCCGAUUCGGAUAUUGAGCGAGAGAUACGCGGCAGCACGGAUGAGAUAACUGUCCCUCUGACAGUACAUUCUGUGGGGUACCUUGCUCUUCGGUCGCUGGGAGGACUGGAACUACUUGGAUGGCAGUUACUUUUGCUUAAUCUCGCUAAGCAGUAUUGGAUUUGGUGCCAGGCGACCGGGUGGGACAAAGUUGAGGUCAGCUUUAUUCUGUGCCGUAUAUCUAUUGCUGGGAAUGGCCGUGAUUGCCAUGUGCUUCAAUCUGAUGCAGGAGGAGGUCGUACACAACAUACGAGCUAUUAAGCGGGGAUUCAAAGCCUUCUUCCGUUGUCGCAGCUCUUAGAGGCCUCUGGUCCGGGUCUUGGGUUCCCAAGACGUACGUUUUAUCGUACAAAAUUAUAAUUAAUUAAAUUUUUUAUCUUUAGGUAGAUUUGUACAUAUAGUAGGGCUAACUACGACUAAGUAGGACUAAAAAGAAUAUGUUUCUUCAUGAAAGGGACAUUUAAUACGCUGCUACACCCUAAGACAUUGCAAUUGACUUGAAGGGCGAACAGUAAAUUUUGAAAACGUAGACAAAUCAGCGGCAAUAAAUCACGUGCGCUUCAUCCA